UUCCAAUGCACCACCCCCCUUUCUCCUUUAUGAUGGUUUGUACCUUAGGCUUCAGAGGUUGUAUGUUAGCUUGGAUACCCCUAUAUUUCAAACCUAGAUAGAAAAGUGCUCUUUUUCUUUAUUAGCUAGACUAGAUUGUAGUUUGAAUAGUAGUUUGUGAAUGUGUUGUUUUUGGUGUUGCAAAUUAAAAUGUGGAUGGAUUGGCUAAGCAUUUACAUUGGUGUGGUGGUGAUAAGUGUUGUGUUGGUAAGUGCAAGUGAUGUGUGUCAUGGAGAAACAAUGGUGAGUGGGAGGGUGUUUUGCGAUCAGUGCAAAGAUGGUGAGAUUAAUCAUCUUGAUUAUCCUCUUGGAGGAGUAAGAGUAUUAUUGGCUUGCCCGGGGGAGCAUGGGCAGUUCACAGUCUUGACGGAAGAAACUACAAAUUGGCUUGGGACCUACACAAUCAAAUUUAGAGGUCCGGUGGACAUGAGUGGUUGUCGGGCUCAGGUUUCCGGCGACGGCCAGGGCUGUGCUGCAGAAGCCGGCCCUGCUCAAGAUUUCAGACUUACGUUUAAGAUGUUUGAUACUGAAAUUUACACGGUGGAUACUUUGGUCAGUCAACCUGUCACGCCGUCCCCCUUCUGCCCUCGAUACUCACCGCAACCGCCACUAUUGCCUCCUCCGUUCGACUUUCCUCCUAACUAUCCGCCUCCUGAAUUGCCUCCAUUGCCUCCUUUCCCACCACUGAUGGAGCCCCCCUUGCCUCCUCCUCCAGAUAACUUUCCACCUAACUAUCCGCCGUCGGUGCACCAUCCUGAAUUGCCUCCACCACGACCGUUAACUCCACGGGUGCGCUGGCUACCAUUGCCUCCGUUACCGGCACUGCCGCCGUUGCCUGAAUUGCCACCGUUGCCUGCACUGCCACCAUUUCCUAAUAUACCUCCAUUGUUGCAAUUUCCACCGACAUUUCCACCGUUACCCGCAUUACCGCCUUUACCAGCACUACCGCCGUUGCCUGCACUGCCUCCGUUGCCUGCUUUGCCACCGUUUCCUACACUACCACCAUGGCCUGAACUACCACCAAUGCAUGAGUCGCCUCCAUUGUUGUCCUUUCCACCGACACAACCACCAGCCCCUGAACGACGUCCACGGUGGUCUGCACUGCCACCAUUGCAUGAGCCACCUCCGUUUCUUUCCUGGCCUCCGACACAAUCGCCGGUACCUGAACGACGACCACGCCGAUCUUCAUUGCCGCCAUUACAAGAGUCACCUCCAUUUAUGUCCUUUCCACCGAUACAGCCGCCAGUACCUACCCGACCACGGUGGUCCGCAUUGCCACCACUGCUUGAGUUGCCUCCAUUGCAGCCUUUGCCUCCGCCACUGCCUCCACUGCCUGCAUUACCGCCAUUGCCUGAGUUACCUCCGUUGCCUCCCAUGCUAGCCAAGCCGUUCUUUGAAGCUUCAGCUUGUUCAUACCAGAUGUGGAUGAUGCCCCAACACAAAUGCUACUGGAAAGUGAUGAACCCAGACCUAAAAGUAGAACUUGUGUUUGGGCCAUUGGCUUCAAUAAGAUAUGGCAGAAACAUGACGAUAUAUGAAAGCAUGUAUGGAAGACGAGAUCCUUAUCGGACACUUUUAAGGGAGGGAACGACUGCUCUGUUGAAUUCUUAUAGUAGCAUCGUGUUUGCCUAUGAACCUCAUGAUAUCGUCCAACGGCUAAAUUUAGCGCUCAUGGAAGAGACUAUAGAACAAGUUCUUGCAGCUGCUAAACGCUUCAUGAAGGCAAAUUCUGGAGCAACCGGGAAUGUUACAUGCAAAUUUACAGCAUGCACAUGAAUAUGAUCAGAAACUUAACGAACUAUAUAUUGAUUCAACCAUUGCUUGAUCCUAUCAACGGUUUUGCUUGCAAUGAUCAAUAUGACUAUGAUUAGAUGAUAAACGUUUAUUGGGAUUGAGAAUGGAUCAUGUAUUUUGGAAAACAUUUCGUUUGGAUUUUUAGAAUUCAUAGGAAACAACUUGUCUAGCCUAGCUAGGGUAAUUAUACUUAGGUGUUGUGUUUUUUUUACUUUAUAAUGGGAAUAUGACUAAGCAUUCACAUACAUAUUAAGAUUGUAUCUACCAAUACGGUAAUAUAAGUGACUA